AUGGAGAUUAUCAUGAAGGAGUCAACAAUGGUAUGUCCGACUGAAGAAACUCCAAGCCGAAGGCUAUGGGUCUCUAACAUGGACUUGCUGAUGACAAGAUACCAUAUUUCUACUGUAUACUUCUACAAGCCAAAUGGCUCUUUCAAUUUUUUUGACACAAAAGUGCUGAAGGAAUCUUUAAGUAAGAUUCUUGUGCCAUUUUAUCCAGUAGCUGGAAGGUUGGGAUAUGAUGAAAAUGGAAGACUUGAAAUAGUGUGCAAUGCAGAGGGAGUGUUAUUCAUAGAGGCUAACACUACUUCUAUCAUGGAUGAUUUGGUUAGAGAUUUCGCUGAUAGCUCAAAAACUCCUCAAUUAGUUCCAAAAAUUGACUAUUCUGGAGGAAUCUCUUCUUAUCCGCUUCUUGGGUUACAGAUGGUCCAUCUGCACUUCAUUUUAUCAAUAGUUGGGCUGACACGGCACGAGGCUUGUACCCUAGUAUUGCGCCAUUCCUGGAUCGUUACCCUUCUUCGAGCUCGAAAUCCACCAACUCCAACACUCCGUCAUAUUGAAUUUGAACCAUCUCCUUCUUUGAAAACUAUAUUUUUAACUCCGAAAUCCCAACCAAGCCCCGAAUCAUCAAUUAUGUCUAUGUUUAAAAUCACAGCUGAUCAUCUAAAAGCUCUUAAAGCUAAAGUAAAUGAAAAUUCAAACAGUAAUACAAAAUACAGCACCUAUAGUAUCUUAACUGCACACAUAUGGCGUUGCGCAACCAAAGCAAGAGACCUCUUAAGGGAUCAAGAACUCAAGUUACCCAUACCAAUUGAUGGACGGAAUAGAUUGCGUCCUCCUUUCCCACCUGGCUACUUUGGCAAUGUAAUCUUCCACGCUGCACCCGUUACUCUAGCCGGUGAUCUUCUAUCAGAAUCAUUCAUAGAUACCAUAAAGAGAAUUCAUGAAAUAUUGAAGGUAAUGGAUGAUGAAUAUCUGAGAUCUAGUAUUGACUACAUAGAAAAAGCUCCUGACAUAAAAUCUGUCUAG